CACAGACACUCCUUUGCCCAUUCAGCCAGUCACUCAUUUAUCAUUUUUCACCCUUUUCGCUUUCGUUCUGCCCAAUCGUCUCCCAAUAUCCAGAAUCUACCAUCAUGAAGUUUUCCAACGUCAUCGUCAUUGCCCUGAGUCUUGGGUGCCGGGUUCUUGCUGCUCCCGCUGCUCCCACACACGCACCUGUUGCAGGCUUUAAUGCCCUGCCUGCAAACGUUCCCUUAGAAGAUGUUGCAGACGUUGAGGCUCAGGCUGCAGACGUUCACUUAGAAGAUGUUCCAGCAGUUCUACCAGCCAGAUCGUUACCCGUCAGCUCCCCGAACACCGCAAUGAUCGAAGGUGCCGUUUCUGGUCUCAAGAACUCCGUCUCUGGAGAGCUUUCCACCAUCAUGUCAAUGUCUGCCAAAAACGCCGCCUCUUACGACAUCCCCGUCAUCAAGAAUAGCCUUGCAAACAUCGCCACACACAUGAAAGCAGCAACUACAGGCAUGGCUCCUGCACUAGUUGCUGCAGCCACAUAUCUCACUGCCGAAGAAACACAAUCUCUUCUCUGUGCUCUCAAUGAAAUCGAGGGCAUUGUCUUCAACCUCAAAUCAGCCCUCUCAACUAUCCUGUCCAACAUCGAAGCUGGCGCCAAGGGGUUGAUCGCCCCUGAAAUCGCAACGGUUCUUGGACUGACCAUGCCCUUGGUGGCCCCUCUCAUAGGAUCCGUAUACAUCACCGUAGGUUCGCUUCCCGGCGGUGAUGCAGUCACGACUGAGCUCACCACCGUUGCUGGCUCUGUUAUGGGAGAUGCGGUCGCAUUGAAGACCUUGGGUGGUCAUUGAGCAUGCUGCAACCACGGAGUGUGCUAGCUAUUUUUGGCGUAGGUGCUAGGGCGUUGAUCUUCUAUAACUUGUAAUAUUAGAUUUCAAUUGUGCGAUGAUGAGAAUGCGCGAGAAGUGUCAUUCAGUGGUGUCCUUUCCGGGUGCAGAGGGAACAAUGCUAGAGAAUAUGACACCUUGAAACUGUAU